UCAUAUCAACGCGUGCAUGUUGAACAGUCUCUAUCGAUGAAAUGUAUAAAGAAGCGCAGCGAUCGCUGCGAGGAGCUCAAAACAUUCAGAAAUACCUUCCAAAUAUAGCACGAAACGUGGGGUUGUUUAUUUCCGGGUAUGGCGUGUCUAAACACGUUCGUCCGUAUAUUAAAAGGACGGACAUAUUUUCAAUAAGGAAUGAAUAUUGUAAAUUAUGAAAUGCAUUUCCUCAAAUGGAUGAGAAGAGGAAGUUUCGCCACAAGAAAUUCAACGGCACAGCGUAUCACACUCGACAUUCACAGCUGAUUUCAGAGAUCAUCUCCCCAGCUGUUCGUCUUCACAGUCACAGAACGUAAUCCAAAGUUGGAAUUUAUUUCAGAAAAAUAAUGGAAUCUAACAAGACUGAUGCAGAAGCUACAUGUGAAAUGAAAUCCAAACCCCAAAGUUACGUCAUAUUUGACACGGAGACGACUGGUCUACCUGGGCCGUACGGCAAUCCAAAGAUUACCGAGCUGUGCCUCCUUGGUGUGCACAGAGAUGACAUGUUUGAAGAUGGAGUGACAGUACCCCGGAUUGUCAGCAAGCUGCAGCUGUGCCUUAACCCACAAAAACAAGUCUCUCCUGGUUCAAGCAUGUUAACAGGGUUGUUCAAUGAUGCACUUGACAGACAACAGCCAUUCAACAGUGAAAUUGUAGCAGUGAUUAGAGGAUUUCUGCAAACCCAAGCACAGCCGACAUGUUUGAUUGCCCACAAUGGCGACAAGUUCGACUUCCCCUUGCUAGCUGCACAGCUGGAGAAGGUAGAUGAAACCUUGCCCCAUGACAUACUUUGUGCAGAUUCAUUAUUAGCCUUCAGGGAAAUAGAUCCACCUGACACACCAAGGUCACCAGCUGAGGUCAGAGGUCAAACCUGGGAAAUCACUGAGGUUACACCUGGUAAAAGACAAAACUCAGAUGAUCAGUCAGAUAUUCCAAAGAAGCCCCAAAAAGAUUUCAGUAAGACCCAGUCACUUUUUGAAAAUAUCAAUCGUGAAAAGGCUGCCCGACAAUUGUAUAAGGAGGAAGCUAAUGGAAGUGUGACAGGAGGCAGGAAGAGUCUGGAAAAAGCAGUCAGCCUUUCAAAAACAAAUGAAGUAGAUGCAUCUUCAUUUCGAGAAAAUUUCAAAUCGUCAAUUCACACUGAUUCUGUUUGUAAGUUGACACCCGAAGUAGCAAAAGACUUGGUAAAUGUUCUUUCACCAUGUUCAAAUCGGUCCCAAGACACUUGUGUCACUCGCACCAGGUCUGACAAAGUGGCAUCUGAGACAGUGAACAACUCGAACUCUGUGCAGUCCACCACCACCACAUCCAAGCCACAGAUUCACAACAGGGGUAGAAGAACGGGUUCUGAGGCCAGUCAGCAUCCUCGCCCCUCUCAACUAAACACCUCGUCAACUUGUGAAGUUCGCACAGGUUUGUCUAACACCCCAACUGCUUCUUGUGAGGCAGCCACUAAAACACAGCUGGACUCCCAAGGAAGUUUUAUGGAUGAGGACUUAUUGAUGGCUGUAACACAGAUGGAGGCAGACAAUGGCCUGGGCCAUAAAUCCCUGAAGAAUAAUGACUCUGUCCAUCCUCAAGCAACUAGAUUACCAAUAAAAAGGCGAUUGGAUCAUGAAAUCUCUACAUUUGUUGGUGCUUCAGAUAGGGAAGCCUGUCAGGAUCGUAAUGGUUGUGACACGAAGAAAUCUUGUAUAUGCCCUACUAGCAGUUCUGACAUCAGAUAUACAGGAACUAGGAUCAGCUUUGGGACUGAGACUGGACUUGUGUCAAGCUCUCAGACUCAGAACAGAGGAUCUGUGAGCAGUUCUGGCAGGCUUGCACCUUAUACAUGUCAUGCAGCACCUUUGAGAAGUUCUGGUACACAGAACCUUAAUACAGGACCCAGUAGUUCAGGUAUUCAGGACACUGAUGCAGGAUCCUUGAGCAGUUGUGAAACACAGAACCCUAGUAUGGGAUCCUUGAGCAGUUCUGAAACACAGGACCCUAAUAUAGGAUCCUUGAGCAGUUGUGAAACACAGGACCCUAGUAUAGGAUCCUUGAGCAGUUGUGAAACACAGGACCCUAGUAUAGGAUCCUUGAGCAGUUCUGAAACACAGAACCCUAAUAUAGGAUCCUUGAGCAGUUCUGAUACACAGAACCAGUCGACAGGACCCAGUAGUUCCGGCACACCGCACAAUGAUGCAGUUCUCAUUGGUUCUGAUACACAGAACACUCAGGUUCUGACGAGUAGCCAAGAAUCUGUCCUAUCCCAUCCAUCAAGAGAAGAUUCUGAUGCAGAUGAACACAGAUCUCAGUCAAUUAUUGCGGGUUCUGAUCAACCAAGGCUAAACUCUGAGGCCACAGUCAUAUACAAUAUGGUUCAGAACAAGAAAGCCGUAAGUGAACUCAGCUCGCAAGGUAGCUUACCCGAUGGUGCAUUUCUUGAAGCUGUUCAGAAUAUGGAGAAACAGGAAGAAAAGGCAAGGAAUAAGGUCUUUUCAGUGGGCAGUGACAGUGUCAAGGUCACUAUGGUCAGAGCCAUGGACGUCAAGAACAAUAACUCUGUCAGAGAUGACAACCAUAUUUGUUCAGCGGUUGAACCUAAACGGAAUGGAGCAGACAGUUCUAAUACCUCAUCUAGCAGAAGUGUGGCGAUGAAAAGUGUCCCCCGAAAGUCCUACCGAUUACAAGAUGUAUACAAACGAUGUUUUGGUCACCCUCCACAAGUAGCGCAUACGGCUGAAGAUGAUUGUAUUGCAUUACUGAAAAUAGUGAAGAAAUUCACACCACGGUUUCUUGACUGGGUCGAUGAACAUUGCGUCCCGUUGAAUACAAUACCGCCGAUGUAUUAAUUUGGGUGCAUGUGCAUUGGGCAUUGGUGGGAAUAAGUAGAAUGUUAUGUGUAUUUGGUUCUGAUUUGAUGUACCUACAGUGUUUAUUCAUCAGAACCAAUAUGGCUUGUGUUGGCACAAUGAGGCUUUUUAUGUGAGUUGUUUUAUCCAGCUAGGCCUAUUAUUAUGAUUAUUGUUGUUUGCAUAGGUGAGGUGAAAUGGGGUUUAGGGUUGUGUCCAAGAUUAUUGCACUUAUAUAGCGAAGUUGUUUCAUAGCUUAUUAUGACUUGAAACCUAAUAAUGCAAAUAGUCCAGUCAAAUUCAGGUGAGAUACACAGCCUAUUGGUUCUAUUUUUAAUCAUGUUGCUGAGCUUUGCGACACAACCUCAUUAAAGUCAGAUCUUUGUUCUCACUUCUGCAAACAAGGAUUUGAGGAUAUCCUGUUUGGAACUACUACAAGCAAGCAUGCGACCCGUGAAGAUCCGGGGUAGAAUAGGUCUUCAGCAACCCAUGCUUCCCGUAAAAGGCGACUAUGCUUGUCGUAAGAGGCAACUAACGGGAUCGGGUAGUCAGGCUCGCUGAC